AUGUCCUCUCAGUCUGCCAUCUCAUUCCAACAGCAAGAGGGCCAAUGUGCUGAUACGAAAGCCGAGCACGAGAAGAAGAUUGACAAAAACGGCGUCCAGGACACGGAAGACCCCUCAUCUGACAAUAACAUCGAUCCCAAACAGAAGGUCAAAGGCCGACAGAUCCGCGGUAUUCGCUGGCUGGUCAUCUGUGCCGCUCUCUACAUCAGCUGCAUUCUCUAUGGUCUUGACACCACCAUCGCAGCAGAUGUGCAAGGCCCCGUCAUUGAACGGUUCGGUCACGUUGAACAGCUUGUGUGGGUUGGGGCAGGAUUUCCUCUUGGAUCUGUGUGCGUCAUCCUUCCCCUUGGAAACCUGUACAACACUUUUAAUAUCAAAUGGGUCUUCGUCGCAACGGUCGUCCUUUUCGAGGUCGGCUCUGCUCUUUGUGGACCCGCUCCAACCAUGAGUACUUUGAUUGUCGGUCGUGUCGUCGCCGGCGUGGGAGGUAGCGGUAUUUACCUUGGCUCCUUGAAUUACUUCUUGGCCAUGACGGCGCCAGAGGAACGCAGCUUGUACAUGGCACUGAUUGGGAGCUGUUGGGGCGUCGGUGCCAUCCUAGGUCCUGUCAUUGGCGGAGCAUUUGCAACAUCGCCAGCAACCUGGCGCUGGGCAUUCUACAUCAAUCUUGUCAUUUUUGCCGUUUCGGCUCCUGCUUAUGGCCUCUGCCUUCCCUCGAUUCAUCCUUCGCAAGGAAUAAGUGUACAAGCACGGAUCGCCCGUCUGGACUUUGUCGGCUUCAUCCUCGGUGCUGGCGUCUGGGUUACUUUCCUCUUGGCGCUAUCGAUGGCAGGGGGGCAGUGGGAAUGGAACGAUGGAAGAGCCAUCGCCACUUUUGUGGUUUUUGGAGUCACUUUGGUCACAUAUGUUCUCCAGCAGCACUUUGCCCUCUGCACGACCAAAGCUCACCGUGCAUUUCCGGUCCAUUUGUUGCGCGAACGCACUCAAAUACUCCUCUAUAUCGAGACAGCGGCCGGCAUCACGACACUCUACGUCGCAAUAUAUUUCAUUCCCGUCUAUUUCCAGUUCACAAACGGCGACAGCGCCCUGAAGGCUGCUGUUCGUUUGCUUCCUUUCGUUAUCGUUGCUAUUUCGACAAAUCUAGUAUCGGGGUAUUUUCUUAGCGCCGUAAAAGUGUACAUGUUGAUCUACACCAUCGGCGGCGCCUUCUUGACGAUCGGCGGCGCCCUUCUGACAGCUUACCGUAGCCCGCACACGUCAGUCGGAACCCUGUAUGGCUUGUGUGUGAUCACAGCCAUCGGCAGUGGCCUGGCUAUGUUGACUGGCUAUUCGAUCGCUUCGCUUACCACGAAACCGGAGAACGCUGGGGCGGCGCUCAGCAUGCAGAACGUGUCGCAGCUUGGAGGCCAGGUCAUCGCACUCGCGGUCGCGGGCCAGAUUUUCCACUCGAUCGCAGUCAGAAAUCUACGGCCUGUUCUGUCAGGCCAGAACUUUUCAGAGCAAGAUAUCGAGAGCGCUGUUGCAGGCGUUCAGAGCAAGGUGCUAGAGCAAGUGCAUGGAGCGUUGCGCGAGGAGGUCAUCGUGGCGCUUGUCAACGCGAUGCAGAAAGUGUUUGUGCUAAUCCCCGUCGCAGGAGGUGUCAUGCUGCUGGCGGCGUUGUGUAUGAAGCGGGAGAGGAUUCUCGGGAUAGCUGCUGUAGCCGCUGCGUAUGUAGGUGCGAGAGUCGGAAACUUGACAUGCCGGCAACAGCGGAGCGGACUAUCUGAUGUUCCGUCUUGGCACCACCACCUGCGUGUUGAGAAUAAACUCGGAGAGUCGGAGGCUCGGAGCUCCUUUACCGGGGCUAGGCCUAGUCCAGUUAGUGUAUCUAUUUUUUACGUCGCACCUCAUGCGUGCCCUCCGUGGCAUCCAUCACCGUCCAUAGACACUUUGGACUCUUUAGCUGCAAAUUGA